UUAUCCAAGAAGAGGGGAAAAUAAUAGAGUUUCAAGCAUGAAGAAACAAAUACAUUGAGUGUACACUGACAAAUGAUGAUUUAAAAACUUUCCAAAACUUACCAUGGCUAUAAGGGAGCUCAAGGUUUGCCUUUUAGGGGACACUGGAGUUGGGAAAUCCAGCAUUGUUUGCCGAUUUGUCCAGGAUCAUUUCGAUCACAACAUAAGUCCAACCAUAGGAGCGUCAUUCCUGACCAAGACAGUGCCAUGUGGAAAUGAGCUACACAAAUUUCUGAUCUGGGAUACAGCUGGUCAGGAACGGUUUCACUCGUUAGCCCCUAUGUACUACAGAGGAUCGGCUGCUGCUGUCAUUGUCUAUGACAUUACUAAACUGGAUUCGUUCCAGACGCUGAAGAAAUGGGUGAAGGAGCUGAAGGAACACGGUCCAGAAGACAUUGUUGUAGCUAUAGCAGGGAAUAAGAAUGAUUUAGGAGACAUCAGGGAAGUUCCUAUGAAGGAAGCUAAGGAGUUUGCUGAAUCAAUUGCCGCUAUUUUCAUUGAGACGAGUGCCCGAAAUGCUGUCAAUGUUGAGGAGCUCUUUCAGAAAAUCAGUAAACAAAUUCCACCCCUGGAAAAUUCUGAGGUGGACAGCAACGAUUCCUUUAAACUCACACGACAGCCUGCUCCGUCCACCAGGAGGUGCUGCUAGUACCAGCAGCGGCUGAUAAGAUGACUUCCUUCCGCACUACGGACCCCACCAGCACAGCAAUCCACACGGCGUCUUACCCUAGUGACAGCACAGUGAGCAGACUGAAGUUGGCCUGCACGUGUGGUUGAUUGCAACAUGAAACAGAAAAACCUGCCAGUAGUAUUAUAUGCGUCAAUCCACCAGUUUUAACAUGCAUGUUUAUUUCGUUUAUUCCUAGCAGUUUCAGAUCUGCUGAAGUCAUGAAGCAGAAAGCCUUCAGUUUGUCCCCCUCAGGUGGUGUUCUGGCUGAGCUACUGUGUGGUGUGAUACAUAUGGAAGCUCAUUCUAAAUUUCAACUCAUUUUAUACUCUGACUUUAAAAUUGAGCACAAAUUAAAAACAAGCGGAGCUGACGUGUUUUAUAAAGACAGGAAUUUGAUAGUUGUUUUCAAGACUCUCCUUCUCUGUAGACUAUCAUAGCACUGUGGCUCUUAAACACAUUGAAGUUCUUAAUAUCAAUUUUUAGCAAGUCUAACUCCUCCACCCAUGAAGCAUUUGUGCACAUGUGCCCCAUUUAAUUAAGAGGUCGUUAAGAACAAACUUAGACGAGCAUUUAUCUCUGUAGCUCAAAUGCGACGGCUUUACAUUCCUCACGUGUUUUUCACGCACAUUUGCUUUAGAAAGGUUUUAACUGUAGUGCUGCAGUGGGAACAGCUUGAAUCGCAAUUACAGCAUGACACCCCCAGCUGAAACACUGUGACCAAUGCUAGAACUGUUUACAUAGUGAUUUGUUAAAGAUGUUUUCUACAUGCUGAAGUGUAUUGAGAUUUCAUUGCAGGGAACGACUGUAUACAGCUGCCAAUCGUGUUUUUGUUUUUCCGUGCAUUUUACCUGAAAAAGGGGUCACAUUUGUAUUGUUGAUAAUAGACAAGAACUGCAUGUAUUUGACUUUAAACAUGUGUACAGCUGUUAUAUUGCAUAUACUAACCAAACUCUAAAGGAACUGUGGGAGCGCAGCCCUAACUGUUUAUCAUGUUCAUCAUGCUCACAGCACCACUUUGCAUAUUAACACAGUAUCAGCUGGGAGUUGCUUUAAUAGUAAAAAUGUUAACUAUUGCAAUUCUCCUUAACUUCAGCAUACAGUAGAAAUUAUUUGAAGGAACAUGAAAAUUACAAUACUGACCAAUUAGUUUUGCAUUGUCAUAGCUUAAAGAUGUGUUUACAUUUGUAGUUGAGUUAGUUAUUUACAUUAUAACGUGUACAGUUUUUAUCAACAGGUAUGAUGGGAUAAUAGAAUCAAAUUUUGACUUUGUAAUGCCAUAAAUGUAAUGAUAUUUACCGCCCUAUAUAUGGGAAAUUAUACCAGCCUUCAUUCAGAAAUCUUCUAGUCUGUGUGGCCUUGCUUAUCUGAAAAACAUACGGUGCAUACCUUUAGGUAUAUGACGCAGUUUUUUAGCUCAGAGGUUAAUUUGUAGCAAAUGUGGGGCAUGGGACUACAAUCUUCCACUAAACUGUACCACACAGUAAUUGGCUUAAGAUGAAAACUGAAAUGAACUUAAGAGCUUCUUAGCGCCAGAUGUAAACAAUGUUAUAUCAGCUGGAAGAGUUAUGAUUGAAAACAACCUAAAUACAGUGCAGAAUGGAUUUCUCAGUUCACGUUGUUCAGACCCCCUUUGUGAGUUGAGAUUCCCAGCAAUUGUUGCUACACAAGUGCCUUUUGUAUGUUUUUCUAAACAAAAUGUAUGACAUGGCUAAAAUGUGCAUACUGUUAGAAUUAAUUACUCGUGUCUGAACAAAUAUAUACAUAACACUGCCAUUCCUUUACAGUCACACUCAUACUGUAUGCUGUGGUCAUGCUUCUCUGUUUACUCUGUAGACCAGAUUAACAUCUGUAUAUUAAUCAAUGUAAUAAAGAAGUAAACAUUCAA